UCCCCCUCGCUCGGGCGGUCGGACCGGGCCAUGCCCAGGAAGGCGGCGGCGGCGGCGGCAGCCCAGCAGAAGGGACUUUCCUGGCAGUCCGGCGACGAGGAGCGCGGUCUGUGAGUUUGCUCUGCUCCGGUUCAUGGUUCCUGCAAGCCCUCCAAGAGGCCGAACGCUGCGCCCCCUCCCCGCGCCCCGAAGAGCCUCCUGCGUUCUCUGGCCCCCGGGCCCGCUCCGCGCCGCCCGGGCUCCGGCCGCCGCAGCCCAGUGCCCUCUGCCCGCGGCGGUGGAUGGCAUGAUGGUGCGGGGAAGGCACCGCGGCCUUGGCCAGCUGAGUCGCGACGGCCGCGGGGGCGGCGGCAUCGGCAGCGGCGGUGGUAGCGGGCUCCCCAGCGGCAUGCCAGUGCCCCCCGGGCGCGAUGGCUAGCGGCAGCGCUGGGAAGCCCACUGGCGAGGCGGCUUCUCCGGCUCCAGCGAGCGCCGUCGGCGGGGCUUGCUCGCAGCCCCGGAAGAGGCUGGUGUCUGUCUGCGACCACUGCAAGGGCAAGAUGCAGCUGGUGGCCGACCUGCUGCUGCUGUCGAGCGAGGCGCGGCCCGUGCUCUUCGAGGGCCCCGCCUCCGCUUGUGCCGGCGCCGAGUCCUUCGAGCAAUGCCGGGACACCAUCAUCGCGCGCACCAAGGGGCUCUCCAUCCUCACCCACGACGUGCAGAGCCAGCUCAACAUGGGCCGCUUCGGGGAAGCGGGGGACAGCCUGGUGGAGCUGGGAGACCUGGUGGUGUCCUUGACCGAGUGCUCCGCCCACGCGGCCUAUCUGGCGGCUGUGGCCACGCCGGGCGCGCAGCCCGCGCAGCCGGGCCUGGUGGACCGCUACCGCGUGACACGCUGCCGCCACGAGGUGGAGCAGGGCUGCGCAGUGCUGCGCGCCACCCCGCUCGCCGACCUGACCCCGCAGCUGCUGCUGGAGGUGUCGCAGGGCCUGUCGCGCAACCUCAAGUUCCUGACGGACGCGUGCGCCCUGGCCAGCGACAAGUCCCGGGACCGCUUUUCGCGCGAGCAGUUCAAGCUUGGCGUCAAGUGCAUGAGCACGAGUGCGUCGGCGCUGCUGGCCUGCGUGCGCGAGGUGAAGGCGGCGCCCAGCGAGCUGGCCCGGAGCCGCUGCGCGCUUUUCAGCGGGCCGUUGGUGCAGGCGGUUAGCGCACUGGUGGGCUUCGCCACCGAGCCGCAGUUCCUGGGUCGCGCGGCGGCCGUGAGCGCCGAGGGCAAGGCGGUGCAGACCGCCAUCCUCGGCGGCGCCAUGAGUGUGGUGUCGGCCUGCGUACUCCUGACCCAGUGCCUCAGGGAUCUGGCGCAGCACCCCGACGGGGGCGCCAAGAUGUCGGACCACAGGGAGAGGCUGAGGAACUCGGCCUGCGCCGUGUCUGAAGGCUGCACCCUGCUAUCUCAGGCUUUAAGGGAGAGGUCUUCGCCCAGGACUUUACCGCCAGUGAAUUCCAAUUCUGUGAAUUAGCACCCUCCCACCCUCAUCCCAUUCUUUCACCCCCCCCCCCAGGCUAAAGGAAGAUACUUAUUCUCUGCCCCUCUCCAUUUAUACCAAAGAAAUCAAAAGUGAACUCCCCCACCCCAUGUUAAAUGCUCGAGAGGAAUCUUCCAGAAGGCAGGGCCAUGCAGACCAUAUACACACGCACUCGCACUCGGAGGGCCCCCGGUGCCCAGCAGCCCACACCAGGAGAUGGAAGAUGUGUCAUCUGCUGGUUGCGGUAUUACCCCUGCCCCCUACCCCGGCUCCUCUUCGGGAAUUCCUCCACUAAAUUUUAUUAUUAAUUGGGCAGGAAGGAGGUCAUGGGUUCAUUUCUUUUUUGGUCUUUUUUUUUCCCCACCUAAUUAAGAGAAAGGUUACCUCAGUUUUCUCUCCUUAGACAUGGAUGUAGCUACCUUUUUUGUAUGUUGUUAUUUUUUUAAGCAGUCGUGAUGGGUUAGGCGUAUACUUGGUGUGGAAAGAGUAUGACUUUGCCAUGUGAUUUGCAAAUGGGGGGAAAAGCUACUGUGAGUGUGUGUUUUAUUUUUUAAUUUACACUAUAGAAUGAUUCCCCCCCCCAUGUCAAGUUUUUACCUUGCAUGUACUGGAGUAUUUAUUUCAUCUAUUAAUAAAAUGUUAUGUUUCUCAGA